AUGGUUCAAAGAGAUUUAACUUACAACUCGAAUACUCCGGUGGUCUCUGAUCCAGUUAAUCCGUUCUCAUCGGAGUUGGACAGAGACAAUUCUGACGAUGCCUCUAACUCGUCGUUCACCUCUUCGGACAGCGUUCGUCGUCCAGUCCAGCCUCGGGCUCAGUUCGAUCCAUCCUUCAUGAGAAUCUCCGCAUAUUCGUCGCAAAACGGCACCUCAACCAAUCUAUUGCUGGAUAGAUCGUCUCAUGAAGGUCGCCAUACUCCGUUAUUGGCCGGUGCAACCUUUAAUAGACCCACCUCAGCUCAGGCAGGAGGCUCGGAGUCCAUGAAAGUACCCACUGAGUUCGAUAGAUACCCUUCUUUGGCAGGGUCUCGUGUGGUUUCGUCCACCUCUUUGAUGACUCACUUCAACAACGCCAAUAAGGAGUACACAUCUUCUAGCCCCGACGAAUCUCUGUUGAAGUCCCAGAACCCAUUUGCCUCAAACACUGAAUUUUCACCCUUCGGAGGCUACCCAGCAUCUUCUUUCCCAUUACACAUCGACGAAAAAGAACCCGAUGACUACUUGCAUAACCCAGACCCCGUGGCUGACGCUGACUACGACAAGAACAGAUUCAUGCAUGACUUGAAGUCCAUGGACCGCCGGUCGUUCUGGGGCCUCAUGGGUUUUGUUAUCUUUUUCAUUGGUGCAGCAAUGAUCUUCGUGGUGAUCCCAGCCUUGACUUAUACUGGGGUAGGAGCUCACUAUAAGCCCGAGGUAUACGAGAUCUUGACCAACUAUAAAUAUCCGCUUUCUGCUGCUAUCAGAACGAGUCUCAUCGAUCCUGACACCCCAACUGAAUUCUUGUACAAAACAAGUCAGUAUGGAGAAAACUGGACAUUGACGUUCUCAGACGAAUUCAACGCUGAAGGAAGAACCUUCUACGAUGGAGAUGACCAGUUUUUCCAGGCCCCAGAUCUCCAUUACGAUGCCACCCAUGACUUAGAGUGGUACGACCCAGAUGCCGUUACCACUGCCAACGGAAGCUUGGUGCUCAGAAUGGAUGCUAUCAAGAAUCACAACUUGUACUACCGUUCAGGAAUGGUGCAGUCGUGGAACAAGCUUUGCUUCACCCAAGGUAUGAUUAAGAUUUCUGCUCAGUUGCCAAACUAUGGAAAUGUGUCAGGUUUAUGGCCUGGUCUCUGGACCAUGGGUAACUUGGGGCGUCCUGGCUUCAUGGCGACGACCGAGGGUGUGUGGCCAUACUCCUACGAAGCCUGUAAUGCCGGUAUUACUGCUAACCAGUCUUCUCCCGAUGGAAUCUCGUAUUUGCCUGGACAGAAGCUUAACUCUUGCACUUGUAAGGGAGAGGACCAUCCCAACAGAGGAACAGGACGUGGAGCACCAGAAAUUGAUAUCAUUGAAGGUGAGGUUGACACAAAUCUCAAGGUGGGAGUGGCCUCCCAGUCUUUGCAGAUUGCCCCCAUGGAUAUUUGGUACAUUCCUGACUACAAUUUCGUGGAGAUUCACAACCAAGAGGUCACUACCAUGAACACUUAUGCUGGAGGUCCAUUCCAACAGGCUGUCUCUGGUACGACUACACUCAAUGUGACAUGGUACGAGAGGGGUGACAACGCUCACAAUUUCCAAUCCUAUGGCUUCGAAUACUUGAACGAUAAUGACAAUGGUCAUCUUACGUGGUAUGUUGGAGAUGAUCCCACUUUGACCCUUCAUGCAUACGCUUUGGGACCUAAUGGAAACAUUGAUUUCCGUCGUAUCUCCAAGGAGCCCAUGUCUAUUAUCAUGAACUUGGGUAUUUCCAACAAUUGGGCCUACAUUGAUUGGCCAUCCAUGAACUUCCCCUGCGAGAUGAGAGUUGACUACGUGAGAGUUUAUCAGCCACAAGAUGCGAUAGAUAUGACAUGUGAUCCCGUCGAUUACCCAACGUAUAACUACAUUCAAAACCACUUGAACGCGUAUGAGAAUGUUAACUUGACCUCGUGGGAAGAUGCGGGCUACCUGUUCCCUAAGAAUCUGUUGGUUCACGGAUACCCACUGUUGGCCAACUCUCGUGAAGUAUCUUCAACUUCGCUUGCACUGCAGUUUCGCAAGGCAGAGUUUUCCAGAGAGUCGCAAAAUAACCUGCUGACGCUGAGCCUGAACAGAGGUACUGUGAACGACCCCUUUGCUACCAAUAUGGACGUGUCUCCAUUUGGAGGAUACCCAGCACUGCAGUUCCCACUCCACAUCGACGAGAAGGAAGCUGACGACUACUUACACAAUCCAGAUCCGAUUGCAGACGCUGAGUACGACAAGAACAGAUUCAUGUACGACUUGAAGACCAUGGAUCGUCGUUCAGCCAUGGGUCUUUUAGGAUUCCUCUUGCUUCUCCUAGCUGCUGGUUGCUUGUUCGUGUUGUUCCCUGUAUUAACAUAUUCAGGUGUCACCGACCAUUAUAAGCCUGAGUCAUACGAAAUCUUGACCGCAUACAAGUACCCUUUGGCCGCCUCCAUUCGUACGAGCCUCAUAGACCCAGAUACUCCUCUGGAUGCUUAUACGAAGAAGAACAGAAAUGGAGAUGAAUGGGUGUUGACAUUCUCGGACGAGUUCGAUGCCGAAGGAAGAACCUUUUACGGAGGUGAUGAUCAGUUCUUCCAGGCUGGAGACUUGCACUACUAUGCCACCAAGGACUUGGAAUGGUAUGAUCCAGAUGCGGUAACUACCACCAAUGGAACGCUCCACAUCACACUUGAUGCAAUCAAGAAUCACAACUUGUUUUACCGUUCAGGAAUGGUGCAGUCAUGGAAUAAGCUCUGUUUCACUCAAGGCAUGAUUGUCACUUCCGUACAAUUGCCUCAUUACGGAAACAUAUCCGGUUUAUGGCCUGGUCUCUGGACAAUGGGUAACUUGGGACGGCCAGGUUACUUGGCUACCACUGAAGGUGUUUGGCCAUACACUUACGACUCUUGUGAUGCCGGUAUUACUGCCAAUCAGUCUUCUCCUGAUGGAAUCUCUUACUUGCCGGGUCAGAAACUUAACGCAUGUACAUGUCCAGGCUCCGACCACCCCAAUUCUGGAGUUGGACGUGGAGCUCCAGAGAUCGAUAUUGUGGAAGGUGCGGUGGAUAGUGUCUUGAAAGUGGGUAUUGUAUCUCAGUCCUACCAGAUUGCUCCCAUGGAUAUCUGGUACAUGCCAGACUACAAUUUCAUCGAAAUCUAUAACUUUGAAGUUACGGCCAUGAACACAUAUGCUGGAGGUCCUGUUCAGCAAGCAGUAUCGGCUUAUUCAACGUUAAACACCACAUGGUACGAGAAAGGAAUCGGUGCAGGCAGGUUUCAAGAAUAUGGCUUCGAGUACUUGAAUGAUGAUGAUACUGGAUACAUCACAUGGUACGUGGGUCAAGAUGCAACAUUCACCGUGCAAUCGUAUGCUUUAGGGCCCAACGGUAACGUCGGAUUCAGACGUAUCUCUAAGGAGCCCAUGUCCAUCAUCAUGAACUUGGGACUUUCAAAUAACUGGGCUUAUAUUGACUGGCCAGGAUUGCUGUUCCCAAUGCAUAUGAGAGUGGACUACGUGAGAGUCUAUCAGCCGAAGGACCUGAUCUCUAUGACUUGUGAUCCCGCAGGGUAUCCAACCACAGAUUACAUCAAUGCUCAUUUGGAUGCUUACAUGAAUGUCAACCACACGUCUUGGAAUAUGGCAGGCUAUUCCUUCCCCAAGAAUAAAGUGGUUGGGUGCUAG